UCCAGAACUGCUACAAUGGAAGUUAAAGGAAAAAAAAAAAUCACAGGAAAAGAUGUGAAGACCUCACAAGAAAAAAACAUAUUUCAUAAAAACAGUGAUUCUGGUUCGUCAAAGACCUUUCCAAGAAAAGUUGUCAAGGAAGGUGGACCUAAAAUCACACCUAAGAACUUCGAGAAAUGUGCCACAAAACCCGGGAAAAAAGGUGUAAAGCAGUUCAAAAAUAAGCAGCAAGGGGAUAAAAUACCAAAGAACAAAUUCCAGCAGGCAAAUAAAUUCAACAGGAAGAGAAAAUUCCAGGCGGAUGGUAAAAGUGAUGAAUCAGCGGCCAAGAAACCAAAGUGGGAUGACUUCAAAAAGAAGAAGAAGGAACUGAAACAGAGCAGACAGCUCAGUGAUAAAAGCAACUAUGACAUCGUUGUUCGUGCGAAGCAGAUUUGGGAGACCUUACGACGAAAAGACUGUGACAAAGAAAAGAGAGUCAAGUUGAUGGGUGAUUUGCAGAAGCUGAUUCAAGGGAAGAUUAAAACAAUGGCAUUUGCUCAUGACUCCACUCGUGUGAUCCAGUGUUACAUUCAGUAUGGUAACGAAGAACAGCGAAAACAGGCUUUUGAGGAGCUGCGAGAUGAUUUUGUCCAAUUGAGUAAAGCUAAGUAUUCCAGAAAUAUUGUUAAGAAAUUUCUCAUGUACGGGAGUAAGCCGCAGAUUGCAGAGAUCAUGAGAAGUUUCAAAGGGCACGUGAGGAAGAUGCUGCGGCACGCGGAGGCGUCCUCCAUCGUGGAGUACGCGUACAAUGACAGGGCCGUCUUGGAGCAGAGGAACAUGCUGACGGAGGAGCUCUACGGGAACACGUUUCAGCUCUACAAGUCUACGGAUCACCCAACUCUGGACAAAGUAUUAGAGGUACAGCCCGAAAAGCUAGAGCUUAUCAUGGAUGAAAUGAAGCAGAUUCUAACUCCAAUGGCCCAAAAGGAAGCUGUGAUUAAGCACUCAUUGGUGCAUAAAGUAUUCUUGGACUUCUUUACCUACGCGCCUGCCAAGCUAAGAUCAGAAGUGAUCGAAGCCAUCCGCGAGGCGGUAAUAUACCUGGCACACACACACGAUGGCGCCAGAGUGGCCAUGCACUGCCUGUGGCAUGGCACGCCCAAGGACAGGAAAGUGAUUGUGAAAACAAUGAAGACUUACGUUGAAAAGGUGGCUAAUGGCCAGUACUCCCAUUUGGUCUUAUUGGCGGCAUUUGAUUGUAUUGAUGAUACUAAGCUUGUGAAGCAGAUAAUCAUAUCAGAAAUUAUUAGUUCCUUGCCUAACAUAAUAAAUGACAAAUAUGGAAGGAAGGUCCUCUUGUAUUUACUGAGCCCCAGAGAUCCUGCACACACAGUGCGGGAAAUUAUUGAGGUUCUGCAGAGAGGAGAUGGGAAUGCACACAGUAAGAAGGACACCGCCAUCCGCCGGCGAGAGCUCCUGGAGGCCGUCUCUCCGGCUUUGUUAAGCUACUUGCAAGGACACGCCCGCGAAGUGGUGCUGGAUAAGUCUGCGUGCGUGUUGGUGCCCGGCAUUCUGGGAGCUGCCACGGGAGACGUCCAGCCCGCCAUGAGCGCCAUCGCCGGCUUGGCGGCCGCAGAGUUGCACCCGGGCGGCCAGGACGGAGAGCUUCACGUCGCAGAGCAUCCUGCGGGACAUCUCGUUCUGAAGUGGUUAAUAGAACAAGAUAAGAAGAUGAAGGAAAGCGGAAGAGAAGGUUGUUUCGCAAAAACACUUGUAGAGCAUGUUGGUGUGAAGAACCUGAGGUCCUGGGCCAGUGUAAACCGAGGUGCCAUUAUUCUUGCUAGCCUUCUCCAGAGCUCCGAUCAAGAAGUUGCAAACAAAGUCAAGGCUGGACUCAAAGGCCUCAUUCCCACAUUGGAGAAAAACAAAAAUGCCAGCAAAGGAAUAGAAACGCUGCUUGAAAAACUGGCCGCCUAGUGGAGAUAGUUAAGAACAAGAUGGAAUCUUCUUUCCUGUUCUCUUUUCCCAGAGCGGGAAAGAAGGGCCAGGGGCCGCCUUCCUGGGAGUCUGGGUGCUCUGUGUUUGUGCUUCUUCUUUGUAUAAGAGUCUAUUUAUAAAACAGUUUUCUAAAAA